AUGACUGACACUCAAGUUAUCGUGAGAAAUAAUGAUGUUUCUUGUUGGAAUUGUUUCACAACGGAAGAUUCUAUUGUGAAAUCUGAGGAUGAAGUGUAUUCUAAACCUAUAACGUUACCAAAAGUGCGUGAAGUACAUAGAGAGAAAUUAAAAGUGUAUUCCUUUUUAGCGUCCGAAUUAAAUAAACCUAAAGCCGUUUCGUUAAAACAAAAAGUAAGUACGCAUUAUGCGAUAACUAAGAAAAUUGAUGAGAAAGUCUUGGAGCAACACACUAAAGAGACGGAGAAUAUUCCUUUCAUUGAUAAUAAGGCUCCUCUUAAUGAAUCUACUUCGAAUAAAGAAAUAAAUAAUAUUGGCGAAAAUGUAGUUCAAAUAACAAUGACAAAUAAUAAAACUGAUACUAAUUCAGAAAUAAUAAAUUCUAAAAAUGAUAUUCCUGACCUUACCGACCCAUCACAAAAUAUAAGUGAUAAAGAUAGCAAUGUAGCUGUAACAAGAGAAAAAAGGAGUAUAAACAUUGUUUCUGAUACUGUUAACAAUGAAGAUACAGACCAAACAAAUAUACCUGAUGUAUCUCAAAGAACAGUUCUUAAAAAAGAAGAAUUACUCGAGGGUUUGCCCCCGCUACCAGAAACAGAAAAGGAUGUAACUGUAAAUUUAAGUGAAAAUUCUUCUUUAAGCCAUGAUGAAUUAAACUCUAAAGCAGUCAGGUCAGAAAAUAAACAAGGCUUAAGACGGCGAAUUUCAGUUCCUCCGGAUUUUUUAGAAGAAAUAAAAUUUACGGAUGAAGAUGACCAAACAAAGGAAAAUUGUUUAGAACAACCUAUAAGCUUAAAUUUACCACAGACAGAGUUUAGUGAAAACCUUAAAAGUAAUGUUAUCACUAAACUGCCUGUUCUGAAACAAAACAUGAACAGCAGAUACUCUCCACUUUUUAAAUUGAAGAGAUCCAUCAGUAAAGACAGUGGAACUGUCGAUCAUGUUGUACUAUACGAUACUGUUGACAGUAAUGAAAAAUCGGUUAAAGAUUCAACGACUGCAGCUAGCGUGAGGAGAGUUGAAGUUGUAAAUCCAAAAAAAGAAGUCGUGAGUGUUGAAAAUACUAUUUCAAAGAAUUCAACGCCUUCAACAAAACCAUUAUCAAAGAAACCAAUAGAUCAGUCAAGUCCCCUUGUUACUAGGCCUUAUCGUGGCCUCGAUACAACACCUACGUCUAAAAUUAAAAACACGGAACUGACUAAAACAUCCAAAAUAACUUCUCCAAAAACUAUAUCUAAUGUAACACCACCGGUUCUAAAAAGAACUAUAGAAAAGAAAUCGGUUACACCAACUAAUAGUCCGCUCUUGAAAAUUAACACCGAAAAGAAGUCCAUUUUAAAACGUAAAUCUUCGGAUCUUUCGAUAGGUACGGGAUCUAAUAUUUCAACAGACAGCAAUUACGGUUCGGAAAGUACAGACGAUUUGAAUAUAUCACUGGAAACACAUCGCAAAUACUCCAAAAGCGAUAUCGGUACUAAACUACCAAUACUGAAACAAAACAUGAACAGCAAAUACUCGCCAGUAUAUAAAUUAAAACAAAGUUCUAUUAAAAAUAAUACAAGCAGAGAUGAAACGGAUAGUAAUAUCAAUAUUAUCAAAGAAACUAUUGGAAAGGAUAACAAGGAGACUUUAGAAAAAACCUUAGAACCUGAACGCAAUGAUGAACAUCAGAAGAGAAAAGAAAUUCAACCAGUUACAUCAACACCCAAAAGCAAAGAAAUUGACGACGAAAUAUCUAUAGUAUCUGAGAAAUUGGAUAAAUUGUCGCUGAAGACCUCUCCUUCCUUGUACAGUCUGUCAGGGUCAUCAGCUGAGAUAAAUGAUGGUUCCAAAAACAUCACUAAAUCAGAGGCAGCGUUGUGUGCUAAUGUUGAGAGCAAAAAGUCUCCUAAAAAAGAAGUUAAUUUUGAUUUAUCGAAUGAGUCAAACAAAAAAUUUUUACAAUCCCGCUCUAUAUCAACAGAUGCUCUGGGGAAAAUUUUAUGUCCUCGAGGAUUACGUAGAAGCACUUUAUCUAUGGAUCCUCGAUCAAUGGGCUAUGAAGGAGUUAUUGAAGACUGUAAGGAAAGCACCUUUAUGUCUCGUUUGUUCGGUGUGUGUUGUCAUUGUUGUAUCGGAACAAAAACUCAAGAACUACCGGACUCUCCGCCUGACGAUGUUAACGCAUCUUUGGUAGAACAUCUCGGCUGUAGUUAUACUUUAAAUAAAGAUACUAGCCAAAAACAAGCCGUUCCCACUGUAACUGUUACUAAGAUUAUCGACAAUGAUUCUGUGAAAUCAACUCAACUUCUACUUAAACAUGAGAGAGACGACAGUGAUUCUAUCAUUACUUCAACAAUAAAGCGUGGUCGCCAUGAAAUGAUUUGUGAUUCUGGAAAAAACAGUAGAAGCAGCACCCUGAGAGCCGAUGACAUGUACAUAUCUGAAGGUGUGUCGGGACAUGCUACUCUUCCUCGUCGUUCUAAUUCUCCUUUGCCUCAUGAACGAGACAUGGACCGGGAACGGUUUCCUCUCAACAGGAGUGGUCUCCAGUCCUAUGUUAUUCUGUCAUUCCAGACUCGGUCUGAGUCUAUGGCAUCAGUAUACUCCGGUGCAGGCGAGGCUGGUCGCGGCGGUGUACCAGUAAGAGGAGAGGUUCAGUUCUCACUGGUGUAUAACUACCGUUUGGGAGCUCUUGAGGUCGGCGUCAAAAGAUGUAGGGACCUCGCGCCCAUCGACCAGAAGAAAAAUAGAUCGGAUCCUUAUGUUAAGGUGUACUUGUUGCCCGACAAGUCCAAGACUGGCAAAAGGAAGACGAAGGUGAAGAAAAACACAUUGAACCCAGUGUUCGAGGAGACUCUAUCGUUCACGGCUCCCCUUGAGUCGCUUGCGAGCCGCGCGCUGUGGCUAAGCGCCUGGCACGCUGAUAUGUUCGGCAGAAACGACUUCCUAGGAGAAGUGACCCUGCCGCUAGCUGGGAGACUGUUCGACGACCCCUCGCCCGCCUGGUACCCGCUCACUGAGAGGUCGGAGUUACCAGAAGAGGCGGGCGUAUCUCGCGGGGACCUCAUCGUAGGCCUCAAGUUGGACCCGGAGGCCCGCGCCUUGCACGUACUAGUGAAGGAAGCGCGGGGCCUGGUGCCUUCACGGGCUGGCUCAUUAGCAGACGUGUUCUGUAAAGCAUACCUCCUGCCCGAGAGAGGAAGACUUCACAAACGGAAAACACCCGUCUGUCGCCGAACAUUGGCACCGGUCUGGCGGACACAGCUGACGUAUAAUGACGUCACAUCCGUAACACUCAGUGAGCGAGCCCUGGAGCUAACACUAUGGGACCGGGAUCGACUAGCCUCUAAUGAGUUUUUGGGAGCGGUCAGAUUAUCACUAGGAACAGGCGUGCAUAAAGGAGAGAACGUCAGUUGGAUGGACAGCGCUGGCAAAGAAGUGACGCUGUGGCAAACAAUGCUACAACAACCUAAUUUCUGGGUGGAGGGGUCAUUGCCCUUACGGCCACACCUUAAUAACUAA